AUGCAAAAUCCCGAGCAGGAGAUCCGCGACGUCGUCAAGAACCUGACCACCGCCCCGUCGCCCGACGUCCAGAAGGCCACGGCGCACCGCUACCUCACCCACGACGCAGGGUUCCGCCACCCAGUGUGCGCCGUGAAACCGCAGCCAGGGUCGAGGGACACGGUCCUCGGUGUAUAUCAGUGGUACCGCGUCAUGUCGCCGAAGCUGGAGCUCGACGUGAAGUCAGUCACAUAUAACCAAGAAGAGUCGAUGAUAGUGCUGGACAUCGUGCAGACAUUCCAUAUAUUUAUUUCGCCUUUCAAGCCUGCGCCGUCGCGGUGA